UAAACAUACUCACCAUCACUACGGCAACCAGCAUCACUUUUAUCAUCAUGCAAACCCUAAAAUGUCUGGAGACCAUCACAGCUUCUCUAAAAUGUCUUCCUCCAGCCUGUCCUCCUCCACUUCCACUUCUUCAUCUGCAUCUUUGACCUCUGACCCCAGCCUGGACGAUGAGACGAAUCUCAUGCACAAACCCCAGCAUUCCCUGUCCUGCUCCAACAUCCCUGAGGUCCAAAGGAAAAGCCAUGACAGAGAAUCCGUGGAUUUUGAUUUUGAUCAGAGAGAUCAGAGGCACCGCCACAGUCUAGAAAAUGCAAUCGAACUGCCGCCUGGUUCUCAGCACGGACAUCGGAUGCCAAAAAUCUCCCGGGGCCAUAGCAAAAGUGAAGAGGGCCUUCAACAAAACAAGCACAAAGAUGGUUACUCAGCAGGAUCUCACUCCAUGGAUCAUGGGCCACUUUACAAGACUGCAAGCCUGGGGCAAAGCCUUGCAUUUGAGGGCAAUAAUGACAACACUCUCGGUGGCAGAGUGGUUACCAAGAAGGCCGUUUCAUCUAUUCAGUUGCCCAGCAAAGGUAUUCUGAAAAAUAAAGAUGAGGGACAGAAAGAUGGAAACUUCAGGAAAGCGAAGUCUAUGGAGGUGCUCUCCACCCGGGUGCACGUCACAGGAGCAUCCAAGCAGAUCUCUAAGGAAGCUGCGAGGGAUAACUUUGUGAAAGGGAAGCUACAGUUCUCUGCAUUUCUGGACGAGAUCACCAAGCAGGUUAUCAGUCCAUGUGCUCUUAACUCUUUUGGUGUAAACACAUCAACGCCACCAAAAUCACCCAAUGAAGAGCGCAAGAACCGCAGCGGCAAGCAGGAGAGCUUUGUGCAACCACCAAAACAGCAGCCCAUUAGAGCUGAGAGACCAGAUUCAGGAAAAACAGAUUCAAGCUCACUCUCUCGAUCCCAUAAGAGCAAAAACCACAACCGAAACCUGACCAGUCCUCCAACACCGCCCUGCCGCCCUUCAAAAGCUGAAAGACAAGAAGCUGCUUCAGGUAAAGAGCACCACAGGCAAUAUUCUCAGAUGUUCACUGAUGGUACCAGCACCAGCCCAGAAACUAUCCACACCAACCUCUCGAAACACAAAGGGCGACAUCAGAGUAGUCAUGGCCCGUCCAGGAACUUUCAUAUUAAGCGGGAAUCACCGCCGCCUCUGCGAGCCGCAGGGCUGGAGACAGAGUCCCAGUCGAGUAAAUCAUCCACCAGUGCUAGUUCAGAGAAAAGGAACAGACCCAAACACAUGGGACACAGGAGGCAGUCCAAACAACACAGGGAUUCAUCUGGUUCCAUGGAUAGAGUUCAGAUGCUGGAGGAGUACAACAAAGAGCUACAUGAGAACCUGUUGCAGACAGUGGCAUGCAUUGAGAAUAUGGAGGCAGAAUUGCAAUGUACCAAAACAGAGUUAGUCAGCUUUAAAGAGAAAUACAGAAGGCUACAGGAAAGCUAUUCUGUUUCUCAGCAGGCAAACAGUGUCUUGGAGCAGAAACUCAAAACUGCAGCAGACAGCUUGGACUCAGAGAGGAAGUUUCUCAUGCAGAGAAUUGCAGAUCUGACUAAACAGCUGGAUACGUCUCAGAAGACCAUCAGCUCUCUGGAAAACAUCAAUGUUCCCUCAAUGAUUAGAGAGUUGUUGAAAAAUCAUUUAGACUCUCAUGAAGCACCGGAGCACUUCUUAUGUCCUCGAACAUCUCCAGGCCAAACUGAUGGUGACCAAUCAGAGAGGGUGAAGGAGCUCAGAAACAACCAACCAUUUGAUGGAAAAGGGGAUGUUUUUGAAUGGCCACAGACAGGACACACAUGCUCAGGUGCCAGAAAACAGCCUGUCACAGUCUUUCUGCCGUGGAAACAUGAUCACGAUCCAUGGGCAGAGCCAGGGCAACUUGUGACUGAAGGAAGUGACUCACAACUUCCUUUUUCUUUUACUAAUGAUGUGCCUAUCCACAAAAUGAUGGCAGUUACAAGGGCACCAAGUCAUGAAGUGCACCAAUUAGCCAUGAACACAGAGAUCCACUUAAUUCCCAGAAACCCAUUUAAUCUAGAUGAGAUGAGGCCCAGCAGACAGACAGGUGGAGAGGGAACUGUCACUGAUGUCAACUAUCUUACAGCUCAAAGGAUGCUGAAUGAGUUUUUGAACCAGAUUCCUCCUCCAGUGAAUGAUGCUGAAGGGAAAGAUGCAGCAGACAUUUAAUUUGACGUCCGUGUGUAAACUGUAUUUGUAAAAAAAAAAUCUCUAGCAUCUCCCAUUACCAAUAUUUUAGCAAGGAUGCAAAUAACUGUGGCUCUGAUGGGUCUGGUAUUUGUGAAAUACACUUAAUUUCUAGCUUAACAAGUACAAUUUCUCAAAAGUUAUCCUUAAUAUUAUUGUUUGUUUUACCUUU